AAUGGACAUGCCAGAGGAAAUUAAGUAAUUCAAAAGUAAUUAUUAAAUUAAUUAAAUUAGUUACUUUAGUUGGAAAUACUUAGGUUGGGAAAACUAAUUUAUUUUCAAGGUAUCAAUAAUUUUAAAUAAGCUAAGAUUUGUUUAAGGAAAAUUACCAAAGGUGAUCUAUCCAACUAUAGGUGUCGAAUAUGCUUUAAAACAAUAUCAAUUAUCCCAUAAUUAGUAAAUUAAUCUAUAAUUAUGGGAUACAGCUGGACAAGAAAGAUAUAGAUAGAUCAUCCUACAGUAUUAAUAUAAAAUAUAAGACAUCUAAAAAAAGCAAAAGGGGUCUAUUUAGUUUAUGAUAUCACGAAAAAAGCCACAUUUGAUUAAUUGGAAGAAUGGUUGGACAAUAUAAGAUAAUUAACAGAUCCUGAUGUUGCAAUCAUGAUUGUUGGUAAUAAGCUUGAUAAAGUGGUUGAUAAUUAUGAAUUAAGAGAAGUUUAAUUAGAAUAAGCCAAAAAUUUUGCUGAUUUACAUAAUUUAACAUUUAUGGAAAUCAGUGUUUAUUCCGAUGAGGAUGUAGAAAAAUGCUUGACAAAAAUGGUAGAAGGUUAUUGUAAAUUAAUAUUUAGAAAUUUGCAAUACUAGUUAAAUUUGUUAAAAAUGAUUUUGAAG